AUGACAUCUCCAUGGUGCCGUAACACAUGUUUGGCUGUCUGCACUGUAAACAACUGGGCUUUGGAUUUCGAGGGGAACCUUCAACGCAUAUUAAAAACUUGCGAGGAAGCGAAUCGGGAAGGAGCUCGACUGAGGGUUGGACCGGAGCUUGAAAUCCCAGGAUAUGGUUGUGCUGACCAUUUUUACGAAAUUGAUACAGAAUUGCAUUCCUGGGAAGUUUUGAAAAAGAUUGUCGACAAGUCUACGGAAUGGCCAAAUCUGCUAAUCAUGACUGGGAUGCCCAUACGACACCGCAUGCUACUUUACAACUGCAUGAUAACGCUAUUGAAUGGAAAAAUCCUAAUGAUCCGGCCCAAGAUGAUGUUGUGCGAUGAUGAUGUCUAUAGGGAAAGCCGUUGGUUUGUGCGAUGGUCAAAGCCUUUCUACACUGUUGACUUUGAGCUCAGCGAGGCAUAUGGAUUUGUUCAGGAUUAUAGUAAUGACUGA